AUGGCAGAUGCUUCAAAUCCUACAAGCACCUUUACCAUUCAAGGCGCCGGGGCCAGUAGUGUCCUUGGAUCCAAGCCAACUCAAGAAGACAGGUACACCGUCCUCCUGCCUAACGAAUUUUCGGGGCACACGGACAGUCUGGCUUUCUUUGCCGUAUAUGACGGACAUGCCUCAGAUAAGGUUGCAGAACAUGCAAGCAAAAAUAUCCGUCGGCUUCUGACUAUCAGUAAAGAGUUGAGACAGGGAAACUAUGAAUCAGCCAUCGAACAAGCAAUCCAAGCAGAGGAGAAGGAGCUUCUGCAAGGGUUUUGGGCUGGCGAGGAAUUAUUCGCCGUAGCCGGAUCGACUGCCGCCCUGGUAUUUGUGAAUCUAACCAGGGGCAUCUUAGUGGUCGCCAAUCUGGGAGAUUCGCACGUUUUGCUGGGAGAGGCCGACGGGGCAGAUCACACGUCGCUGAGAGUCGAGCGAUUAACCACAUCCCACAAGCCGGAGCAUGCUGGGGAGAGGCAUCGCAUUGAGUCCGCCGGAGGGACACUCAACACCGAGAGCGGCAUGCCACGAGUUGGGGGCUUGAAUAUAUCGCGGGCGCUGGGCGAUUUACAAUAUAAAAUGCCGCUAAAGGAUAUCGGGGAGCAGUCCCUUUCCAGCGGCCAGGAGAAAGCAUGCGUCGAACCAACAAAGAAGGGAGAUUUAGUCUCCAGUUACCCUUCUCUCAAACGAUACACUCUGCAGCCGGAUCGUCGGUACUUUUUGGCCCUGACUACAGACGGGGUUACCAAUACAAUGGAUGACGAAACUAUCAUGUAUCAGAUCGCAGGGAACAAGCAAGAGGGAUUGGAUGCUGACAGGGUGGCCGCGAAGAUCACCGAGAAAGCUUCAAAGGCACCCAGUAGUGACAAUGCCACCUGCGUCACUGUGUUCCUGGAUGGGCACAAUGCUCGUGUCGUGUCACCACCCCAAGUCCGUGGUCGACUACCUCGGGUUCAGACAGUCGCAAGGCCGGCCGUUGCGACCAAUAUCAUCGAUAUCCGCAGCGAUAAAGCAGAGACACAGCUCCGCCAUUCGCUCGAAGAGUCCAUCCAUGCGGCCUGUCGCGGGGAGUCUGCCAUGCCGGAGCUUCUCCUCUGGGAUGAAAAGGGACUACGCUAUUUCGAAGACGUGACAUAUGCUCCAUCCUACUACCUCACCAAUGAAGAGAUUGGUCUGCUCGAGAAGCACAAAUACCAGAUCGCAGAACACAUUCCGUCUGGUAGUAUGUUGGUCGAGCUAGGCAGCGGAAACCUCCGCAAGAUCAAGAUCCUUCUAGAUGCUCUGGAUGAAAUGGGUCGGGAAGUUGACUACUUCGCGUUGGAUGUAUCGUAUCAAGAGCUCCACCGGACUCUCAGCAUCGUGCCCCCGGGGACAUUCCGCCAUGUCCGCUGCUUCGGGUUGCUGGGAACCUACGACGAUGGUCGGGACUGGAUGCAUUUGCCCGAAAUCCGUUCGCGACCCAAGACCGUUUUCUCCUUGGGAUCAACACUGGGCAGUUUCCAGCGGCCAGAAGCAGCCGACUUCUUGGCUAGCUUCGUCACCCCCGAAAGUAACUCGUCACUGCUCAUUGGCUUGGACGGAUGCAAAGACGCCGAUCGCGUGCUAGCAGCUUAUAACGAUCCCGAGGGAAUCAAUCGGCGAUUCAUCAAGCACGGCCUUGAACGCGCCAACGAGAUUCUAGGGCCGGAUACCUUUGAUCUCGAAAAAUGGAAUGUCAUUGGCCGCUGGGAUGCAGCGCAAGGAAGUCAUAACCAGUACUAUCUCCCUUCAGUAGAUGUGUCUCUGGCGGGCAAGACCAUUCCGGCGGGCCGGAGGAUAUUGGCAGUCAAGAGCCAUAAGUACGAUGCUGAUGAUAGGGAUGCGUUGUGCCGGAGGGCAGAAUUGGCUGUUGGUGAUGCAUGGGCAUCCAAGAACCAAUACAAUUUACUAUAUCUUGAGAAACCAUAG